GAAAUUUCGACAUCCUCUUGAUCCAACCUCGUUCAACUAACCCUCGGCAGGAAAUUUUCUGACCUCAAGCCGCAAAAAUGGGUGCCCUCAAGUAUGUCGAAGAGCUCCAGAAGAAGAAGCAGUCCGACCUGGUCCGCUUCCUUCUCCGUGUGCGCUGCUGGGAAUACCGUCAACUGAACGUUAUCCACCGCGCCUCCCGCCCUUCGCGCCCCGACAAGGCUCGCCGUCUGGGCUACAAGGCCAAGCAGGGCUACGUUAUCUACCGUGUCCGCGUCCGCCGUGGUGGCCGCAAGCGCCCUGCCCCCAAGGGUGCCACCUAUGGCAAGCCCACCAACCAGGGUAUCAACCAGCUCAAGUACCAGCGCUCCCUCAAGGCCACCGCCGAGGAGCGUGUCGGUCGCCGCUGCGCUAACCUGCGCGUCCUGAACUCCUACUGGGUUAACCAGGACUCUACCUACAAGUACUACGAGGUCAUCCUCGUCGACCCUAGCCACAAGGCCAUCCGCAUCGACCCCCGCAUCAACUGGAUCGUCAACCCCGUCCACAAGCACCGCGAGGCUCGUGGCCUCACCGCCACCGGCAAGCGCUCCCGUGGUCUCAACAAGGGCCACCGCUACAACAAGACCACCGCCGGCCGCAGAAAGACCUGGAAGAGACACAACACCCUGUCCCUGUGGCGCUACAGGUAAACGCUCUCUGCUGGAAAGCGGAAGCGUUGACGACUGGGGUGGCUUCUUUGCGGUGGCUGCAAUCCUGGAUAUCAUCCUUCUUCCAGGAGUGCUUUCUUCGCGAGAAGCUUCUUUGGCUGUCUUCGGUCUUCUUUUUUUUUUUUUAUACUGUGACAGCAGAAGUGUAUUUUGCGGGCAGGAAAGAAAAAAAAAUAUCAUGGAGGUAGCCUGGAAAGAUCGGAGUUUAAAAACAAACAAAAGGCCAAAAAGGACGCUACUUUUCUUCCUUGGUAGUUCAUUUAACAAUGGAAAUGGCAUGAACACUUUUCCGAUGAUUAAUAUUUCGGAAAUGCGAUGAUAUCUCUCUUAUUUUUCUUUUUUUCAAAAAAAAUUUCCUAUGUAGAAAGCAAUUGUGACUUUUCACUCUUCCAACAUCUUGCCCCUGUGUGUUGUCUGUCCCCUUUUAAGCUGUCAGUGUGUUUCCCUACGUAAGAUACAAAGUAUUUGCUCAUUUUCUACGUAAAAGGCAAUUGUGGCUUUUCACUCUUCAACAUCUCCUGCCAUUAUCUGUUGUUCCCUUAUUCAUUAUGAUAUCCUCCCUUUUUAACCUUGAAAAGUAAAUCACAAUACACGUCACACACUUAGAGGAGAAAACGUCAUAUGCAGUGCCCAAUCCACUUCAAUUGAUAUAUAGCAAAACGAUUUCUUGUCUCUAAAUACAAUCCAGAAAGCAAUGAGCAUUUGUCUCGUUACGACCCCUGCACGCAAAAUCCCCAAAGCAUGCCAGCCUCGAUCCAGAAGAAAGCUUGUCUUAUCUUACUCCCUCCAUCAUCGUGAAAUCGAACUCCCCCAAGUGAAAAAACCCGAAUUCAAAUGGCUCCAAUUUUGUCCGUCUCUCUGUCUCCAUUCUCUGUCUCCCUCUCUCUCAAAAAAAACAUAAUACAAGCCGCGCGCAAACUGCAGGCAAUUUUUUGCAGAAACGUGAGGGGGAAAAAAGGCAAAAGGGAAAAAGGCAAAGGCAAAGGAAGAAGAGAGCGAGCCCACCACAUCCAGCUACCUAAGCUUGUGCAUCGGCGGCAUUACCAGUUCCUUAAGUCCCAGCCAAAAUCCAGCCGUUGCAUAAAGUCUGAAUUUCCUCCACUGGUCUUGUAAAGAUCCAAUGUUUAGAUACCAUUGUCACUUAAUUGAACAAUCCAACAAUCUCCAAGCGAACUGGGAAGUUGAUCCAUUCAACAAACCAGAUACAUAACCCCAAUGAAAAUCCAGCAGCUUUCCAAAGAGGCAUCCGGAUCACAAAAUCCAACGUAUGCCGCUGUAAUGGCUGUCUGCAGUGGUAAAUGAAAGAAUAAAAAGAAACCUAUUCCAUGUGGCAAAGCUGAAAACUGAGGAGAGAAAAACACAUCAAAUGACAAUAGAAGAAUGGAAAGAGAAGAAGAAGAAGACGAAAGGAAAUCAAAAAGAAAAAGAAAAAGGUAAAAUUCCAUCGCCGGAACCAAUACCGGGAGCGCGGCAACGAUCAAAAGACACAAGUAUAGACGAAGACUUGGACUAGCUCGCCUGUGUAUGUGUUCUCGAAUCGU